UAUAAGUGAGCAUUAUAAUUUGUGGGUAAUAAAUGGUGUCCUCUUCAUGAGGGAAGCAUGAAAACGCAGACACAACACUCCAGUGGGGUGGUCCAGUGAAUUUAGUAGGGUAAGAGCAAUUUGUGCCAGCAAAAUUCAAAUAUGCAACGACAAAACUGUAUUUCUUCUGCUGCUUGGGACUCCUGAAGUGCCCUUCAUUCAGGACAGCUUGGUGGAAAGAAAGCCUUCAAUAAUGGUUCCCAUUCCUGUUGCCUCUGCUUGAGUUUCAGAUACAACCACUAUAAGAUCAUAGCAGCUUCAGCAAAUGUUCUGGUUUGGCAUUUGUUACCUCAGCCUUUGGACAUAUGUGCAAGUCCAUUGGGCAAUAACAUAGGAUUGAAGAGGCUUUUCAUGAGCUCUGGUAGCUCUGAUGUGCAAACAAUCACUGAUGGCUCUGCUGAAGCUGUGGAGGAAAGCAUAACCUCAGCAGAUAAGAGUUCUCAAUGUCCUAAGGACUGUGAAGAUUCUGUCAAGACCUGCAGCAAGAGAACUCCACAAAAAGAAGCAAAUUCAGAACAAAGAUGAACAUCGUGACAGCUUACAGUGCUGCUAACAUCAGCAAUGGAACAGAUCUAGCUAUUGGCUUUACUUCUUCCACAGUCGCUGUCCUUCUAUUUGGGACAAACUUUGUUCCUGUCAAGAAAUUCGAUACUGGUGAUGGCAUGUUCUUCCAGUGGAUUCUCUGUGCUUCYAUAUGGAUAGUUUCUUUGGUGGUCAAUUUGAUCCAGAAUUGCCCCCGCUUUUGGCCUCUGGCUAUGGUUGGUGGUUUUGUGUGGGCUACAGGCAAUGUUACAGUUGUUCCUAUUGUUAAAACUAUUGGCUUAGCUCUUGGCCUUUUGAUAUGGGCUUCUUUUAAUUUGCUGACAGGUUGGGCAAGUUCAAGGUUUGGUUGGUUUGGAAUUGACCCAGAAGAGGUAUCAAGACCAAUCUUAAAUUAUAUUGGAGCUGGACUUUCACUUACAAGUGCUGUCAUAUUUCUUUUUAUAAAAACUGAAGUCCAGACUUCUUCAGCUUCAUUAGAAAGCACACCUUUACUUAGAGAAAGUUCUAUUAAUGCUUCUGAAGAUACCACUGAUGACUCKUGGGUGAACAAACUUUCUCCAGCAAAAAGGAGACUCCUAGGCUGUAGCCUGGCUGUAGUAGCUGGAAUACUCUACGGUUCCAGUUUUGUGCCAGUACUUUACAUAAAGGACCAUGGAAGAAGAAAUGGAACUAUAUACACAGGAGCAAGUCAGUUUGAUUUAGAUUAUGUUUUUGCACACUUCAGUGGAAUAUUUCUUACAAGUACCAUAUACUUUUUGAUCUACUGUGCAGUCAAGAAAAAUAAACCUAAUGUUUACCCCCAAGCCAUAUUGCCAGGGUUUGUUUCUGGUGUGCUUUGGGCAAUAGCCAAUUGCUGCUGGUUCCUGGCCAAUCACUAUCUCAGUGCUGUUGUCAGCUUUCCAAUAAUUACUGCAGGCCCUGGCCUUGUUGCUGCAAUGUGGGGAGUCCUUGUAUUCAAGGAAAUCAAGGGACUGAAAAACUACGUGUUACUGUCAGUAUCAUUUUGCAUCAUUUUGGCUGGAUCACUUUCCACAGCUUUUUCUAAGGUUUGAAAGGACCUUCUGGACCAGUAGAUGGUGCUAACGUUUAACACAGAUAGACACUGUGGGUAGAUCACAAAACGUCAUAAUUUUCAAAAUGUAUGUCCAGCAUUUACUCUGACUUCAGCCAAAUGGAAAAUAAAAACAUUAGGCAUGAAAGAAAAUCUGAAAAUAUUAGUUCCUGCAUUUCUUGGAAUAGUAAGAAAAUCAAAGGACUUCAUUAAUUAAAGCUAAAUGAUUUUAUUGUUGCAAAUUACUAKAUUUCUUCAUUCAGGUGCUAAAUCUCAUGCCAUCAUAAAUUUCAGUUUACUGUUGUGAUGAUGGAUAGUGAUUUUAAGUCUUAGUCUAUAAUAKUGUAUGUGUUUGCAAGCUGAUUUGUUUUUAUUAUAACAUUUUACUUACUGACUUAAGUAUAUCGAAACACUUAUGGAACUGAUAUACAUGAAGAUAACUAAGCUUUUCUUUUAUUUAGAAGCAUUAUUCUUUAAAAUCAUCAUUUUACAUAAAAAUGUGAUCUUCCGGUGACUUCAGAAUUGUGAAGGAAAUAAAUAAAAAGGGUUCUGGAAAAUAAAUUACUUUUGUUUCACCGCAUUUUCCAUAACCUGCACUAGCAUGGAGUAUUGUUUAUUUUCUUCCUUGUGGCAGCUAACCUUUAUGUAUGCAGAGGAUGUUCUCUGAACUUCCCCUUAGUCUCUUCUUCAGUACAUUAGACAAGCCUGCAGUCUUCCCUUGCUUGUAAUUUGCUCAUAUGUCAUUCCUGAUAAUAGAACGGUUUGGCUGGAAGGGACCUUAARGAUCAUCUAGUUCCAACCCWUCUGCCAAGGGCAGGGAUGCCAUUCACUAGACCAGGCUGCUCAGAGCCCCAUCCAGUCUGACCUUGAACACUUCCAGAGAUGAGGCCUUGGCAACUUCUGUGMGCAGUCUGUUCCAGUCAUUCACCACCGUCUGAGUAAAGAACUUCAUCUACCUGAACCCAGCCUCUUUCAGUGUAAAACCAUUGCCCCUUGUCCUGUCACUAUCUGCCUGUAGAAAAAGUCCCUCCCUCCUUUUUAUAMACCCUCUUAAGCUUCUGGAAGUCUGCAAUGAGGUUUCUCUGAAGCCUUUGCCAUGCUAAUAUCUCCCUAAGUGGAUUAAAUCUGUGUAAAAUACCAAGACAGGCAUUCAGGCUACAGUCUUUCAAAAACCAAGAAGAGCAGCAGUAAGAUCAUGGGUGCUUUUUCCCAUCMAAUUUGCAAGCUUUGUUCAUAGUUACACAUCACAGCUUUUUGCCAUAAUGGAUCGAUAUUGUUAACAUGUUCAAAUGGCAUUCAUAAUUUCUCUUUUCUCCCUUCCACCUUUGUCUGCUCUGCACCAGAUUUGAUCUUAAAACUGUUACUCAACCUCAUUUUUCCCAUCUUGUGUUGUUUAUUCCUACCUAGGUGUCAGAAUUUGGUGUCUGACAGGUUUUUCCCCUUUAAGGCAUUUCUCUAAUUUUGGUCUCUAUUGUUAACGUUGUCCUCCAAUAAGGCAGCAGAAUUUUUCCAACCAGAUGUUAUCUGCAAAUGUAAUAGAAGUAUUCUAUAAUUACUAUAAAUAAUGAAAAUGGUGCAUGAUACUGGCCUUUACUUAUAUUUUGGUAUCUAAUGCUUCUUUUUAUUUUUCAAAGGACAAUUGAUUAACCUUUGAGUACAAUUUUCCUGUGUCUUGCAGUUCUUUCAUUUAGACUGCUUUCUUGGAGCUUUUACAUAACAUCUGAUAGAAUUGUUCAAGUCAAGGUACAUGAUGUGUUCCCCCCUAAUACCUGAUAUUGAACAGAAAACUGGUAAUUUUUUCUGUCCAAUACCCGGGUCAAGAAUAAUUUAUCCCUCACAGAUGCAUGACUGUUACUUACCUUGCCAUUAUUCUGUUGACCCAGACAAGGAAAAAUCAUAUAUUCACUUUGGUUUUUUAAACAACUUGAAUUAAAUUGGACAUUUAUUCAUUUCCUUGGUUCUAUUUCAUUUCCUUGAGAUCACAGUCUUAAGGGUUCCUUUCUUAAAUA